UCGUGUUAAAUGUGUGCAGAUACUUGAAAAGGGAAAUGCUACAUUUAUUCUUUUUUAUGACAGAUUUUAAGCAAUUUUCUGACAUAAUUUGUUUGAGAAAUAAAGUCUCCCCUUAUAUUUCACUUACUUGUAUGUGAAGUCCAGUGUUUGUGUUGUUUUUGCUAUAGAAUUUGAGUUCUGUAGUUGUGCAAGGAUUUGUACCGGGUAUACGCUUCUUCGUUGCUUUAUUCUUCGUACUUGUAUUUCCAAGGAUAUGUACGGCAGCUGUUUUGUGAUGUGUUCCCGGUAAAGGUAUGCCUCAUUAGUCACUCGGGCAUGACGUAAGCGCAGACAAACUUUCUUGUUGCGGUGUUGGUGUGAAGCGUGGCGAUGGGCUCUGCGGGCGUGUCGGACGAGUACUCGCCGCCGCGGCUGUCUCGGCUGCUGCACGCGCUGCCCCACGUCAACGUCACGCUGCACCGCGUCAAUGAUACCUUUGCACCCAACUCGCCAAUAUAUCUCGAAAGUCUGGGUAUCCUCGGCUCGAUUCCCGGUGCUUGGCUUAUUCUGACACUGACGGUUCUACUUAUAUACCUGCUGACGAGAUGCUGCGACAGGAAGCAACGCCCGCCCAGGAGUAUCACUGCACUUAAGAUAACUCUUAUGAUCCUGUCAGUGGUGUGCUGCGGCGCGAUCGGGGUAGGCUUAUUCGGCAACGACGAUCUGCACAAUGCGGUGCUGCAGAGCAUACAGGCCGGCAACCAGCUCGCUGGCCUCAUUAAUACAGUCAAGAAUCAGUCAAGUAUCUUAGAGGAGGCAAUGGGUUCGCGGGCGCGUGCUCCGCUGGCGCGGUUGGCGGACGCUCUGGACGCGCCGGUGGCCAAUCAGACGGCGCUGGGUACCUUGCUGCGGGCUCUCUCCGCGCUGCGCAACAACGCCAGCGCUGCUGCCUCCGCCGCCGACAACCUGCGCCGUCCGCUCGCCGCCCUCAACCUCGACGCUGUUAUGAAGCGCGCGUGGGUGUGGGAGGCAGCGCGGUGGGCGGGCGGCAUGGCGGGGUGGUGCUGCGGCGGCGCUGUCUGUGUCGCGCUGCUCGCCGCCGCCGCGCGCCGCUCACGCCGGGCACUGCUGCUGCUAUGUGUGUGUGCGCUGGGUGCGCUGGUGGCGUGCUGGUCUGCGGGCGCGCUGCUGACUGCGGGCGCGGUGGCGGCUGCAGACGCCUGUCAGGAGCCGGCCAGAGCUGUCGCACACUACGCCCCGCACCAUCUACCUGUUGAUAUGGUGUACUACUACCUGUCGUGCAAGGUGUCGCGGGAGAACGUACUGACGGCUGAGCUGCGCAAUGCUCAGCGCGCAGUGGUGGCUGUGAGACAAGCGCUGGCCGUGCUGUCCCGCGGCGCUCCGCAGAUGUUCACUGACCCAGUGCUGCAGCCUGCGCUGGGUGCACUGGGUGCUGGCACUGGAGAGGCAGAGCGCGCACUGGUUUCGCUGAGUGGUGCGCUGGAAUGUCGCACAGCGCGCGCCUACUUUGUGGCGGCCGCGCGCGCUGCCUGCGAUGGCGGACUACAGGCGCUGUCUCUGCAGCUGCUGGCGGCGAUCGCGGCUGGAUUUUUAUUCACGGCUAUAGUUUUGGUCGACUCUCAUGCUUGGAUCUAUAUUAACACCAAACGCAGCGGCGGCGGCGAGGAGCAGGCGCCUUUCUUGUCAAGUGGUAGCAGCGCCGGCUCGCGCUCGCUGCCUCGACCUGCACCCUUCCCCAACGGCAAACCCCCCUCAUACACCGCCGCAGUACAGCUCAUGGACCUCGCCGACAGGGAGCGUCCCAGUGCGGAGGUGGCGUGCGCGCGGAGGUCGCGCAUGUCGGGCAGUGCGACGUUGGGGCGCGCGAGCGGAGGUCUGGGCGGGCUGGGCGGUCUGGGCGCGCUGGGCGGCGCCGGCGGCUCCCACACGCUGGGCCGCGCGCCCCACAACGGCAAGUACGCCACCCUCAGCAAGCAGUGCAAGACGCUGGAGAGCAGCGACUUCUACUGAGAACGGCCCGGCGGCGGCGCGCACCCCGAGCCCGGCGCCGGUCAGUCCGGUCGUGCGGCGAGCUUGAAUCGAUUCGACCCGAAGUACGCAUCUUUCGGGCCGCGAGCGCCGCGCCCGCGCC